AUGCAAAAAAAUCAUCAACAUCUUGUUCGGCCAUGUGCUGUUCUUGUUGAACGUUUAAAUGAUACAUUUAUACCAUCAAAACGUUAUAAAGUUGAUGCUGAUAUUAUUUAUCGUUCAUUAAAUGAUCAAAUAUCACAAUCUCAUGAUGAAUUAUCUGUUGAUGUAUUAAUGUUACCAAAUAAUAAAGUUAAAAUAUCAUCAUCAUCAACAUUUGAUGAUAUAUCAACAAAUUUAACAAAUGAAACAACAACAACAAUAAUGAAUAAUGAUGAUAUUAAACCAAUUGUACGUAUACGUCCACAUCAAUCAUCAAUUGAUUCAAUUGAUUAUGAUAUAUCAUCAACAAAACGUUUAAAUACACAACCAACAACAACAACAACAACAACAUCACGUACAUCAAAUAAAUAUGAUAAUGAUUCAUAUUUAUUUAAUAGUACAUUUGAUUCUGAUGAUGAACUUGGCAUGGAUUUAAAUGAUGAUGAAUUAGCAUCAAUACAUCGUGUUUUAGAUUUUGAUGAUGAUGAUAUGUCAAAUUUUGAUGAUGAUAAUCCACAUUUAACAUCAACAACAACAACAGGAUCAAGUUAUCAUCCAGUACAAUUACCUGAUUUAGUUAUGGGUUCAUUACGUGCUGAUAAUGAUGUUAAAUUUGAACCAUCAUUUCAAUAUAGUGAUUUAUUUAAUCGUAAAGGACGUACAUUUGUAUGUGAUGAACGUGGUAAUCGUGUUGUUUCAGUUAAACUUGAUAAAAAUUCAGCAAAACAUUUAAUUGAUUCUAUUGAAAGAAAUUUAGGACGAUUAAUUUUAGAAGAAUGUCGUCGUGGAGAUUUACAAGCACAUAUAUUAAAAGUUGUUUUUAAAGAUGAACAAGAAUUUUUUGAUUUUAAUCGUUCAGCUAUUGUAUCAAAACAUUCAUUUAAACAAUGUCCAGAAAUGUAUACAAGAUUUUUGGAAAGUUUAUUUGAAGCACAAUCAUAUCCAAAUGAUAAUGAAAAUGAUCCACUUGGAACUGAUGUAAGUUAUGAAUAA